AUGGGAUGUGGGCUGCGCAUGCUGGCAUUUGGAGCUAGCGGACCAGGCGGAAGGAGCGGGCCUCGUGCACCGCACUGUCCUGGGAGCGCUGGGAUGGAGUCGGUAGGCCUGGCAGACACAUGUUGGCUACUCGUUGACCAACCAUGUCUUUCGGAGAUGGUAGCAAGGCUCCAAGCUCUCAGCUGCCUUUGUAUUUGUGGGGAGGUUCUGAAGUGUACAAGAAGAGGUUUGUGGCCAACCUGCACGAAUGAAGGUCAAUUCCAGAGGUGGCGGCCUGCUUACGUUUCUGCAAUUCCUGACGACGUGCAUAUCAAGUUGGCAAAGCCUUUGACCGAUGUCGUGCCCUGCGUGGAUGCACAUGACCCAAAUGCCAGAAUCAUCACCUUCCAUCCCUUUUACUUCUCCUUGGGCUUCAAAUUCCCGAUGUCAAAGAUUUUCAAGGAGGUGUUCUGCGCCAUGGGGUGUGCUCCGAGUCAGUGUACUCCGAAUGUCUACGGGUGA